AUGAGCGACGCGAGCCAGGCCCACGGGCGUGCGGUGGCGGCCUUGCCGCUCCAUCGCGUGCGGUUUGUGGACUGGAGUCCGUCCGCCAUCACGGCCCUCGCGUUUUCGCCGGUACCCGUGGCGAGUAGUGGUAUGGCGUCCAGCCUGGGCGCCACGCGGUCCGUGCUAGCAGUCGGCCGUGACAAUGGCAACAUUGAUCUUUGUACAUGGUGCGAAGAUACUCGCUCCGGAAGCAAAUCUAUGGCGAAGGGCUGGAUGCCAGAAAUGACCUUGCUGGGCGAUAUCCAGUACAAAAUCGAGUCGCUUGCUUUUACCGUAUCCCACACGCCUCAAGGCACACCCUAUCUGCGGCUCUUUAGUACAUCAGGUGGCAGUAUCGUAUCGGAGCACUUUUUGCCUGCGUCCAUUGCCCGAAUCAGCGAAGAUGGACCGGCGACCCUGGCGCUGGAAGAGCACCAGGUACCGACGCGCACCCUGCCGUCACAAGGUGGCGCGAUUUGGAGCAUGGCGGCCAGCAGCACGGGUAAGUACCUUGCGAUUGGGUGUGAGGAUGGUAUUGUGCGCCUGAUCAACGUCGCAGGUGACGCGUUUGAGCACGUCACUGCGUCGCGAGGUACAAUUGAGAAGGUGCCUGUGCAGCCUCGCAUGUCGCGCGUGGCAAGCCGCAUCCUGAGCCUGGCAUGGGGCCCUCCGAAGCGCGUAGCCAGGCGCCAUGACGCGGACUUGUCUUCGGACGAGGACGAAGACACAUGGCAGGAUACAUUCCUUCUUGGCGGCCUAGGCAAUUCGACGGCGGCGGUGUGGGACGUGGCUACGGGCCAGAUGCGCUCUCGUUUGACACUGCUAAAGAACCGCCAAGAGCACACCAUCGUGUGGUGUGUCGCAGUCUUGCGCGAUGGAACGCUGGUGGCCGGCGAUUCCACCGGGCGCGUGACCUUCUUUGAUGCGCGGACACGCGUGCCUAUACCCGGCGCCACAUUCCAGUGCCAUACAGCCGGCGCUGAUGUCCUCUCCCUGUGUGUUAGCAAUGAUGCCAAAGCCGUCUACAGCGCGGGCGUCGACCAAAAGGUGGUGGAAUACACUCUCGUCAGCUCCACGUGGACUCACACAGGCACGCGCCGUUUGCACGCGCAUGAUGUGCGCGCGCUCGCCAUGGAUCCACCCCUGAAUAUGUGCUUGCCAGCCUCGACCCCACGUGUUCCGAUCCUGGUCAGCGGCGGCCUUGACUACCACCUGGUCUUGACGCCUGCAUCUCAUGCAGCGUGGCGCAAGUCGUCGGAUACCAACCCUGUCUCGUCCAGCACGUCAACAUCGUUUGCUGACACAAUCCAGCGCCGUAUUGCGUUUGUUCCUGCGAGUGCUCGCGAUGGAGUCGUCUGCGUCGCUCCUGGGCAGCGUUGGAUUGUGCUGCGGCGGGAUCGGAGCGUAGGGCUCUGGCAGAUCGAGCAGGGGGGAGCGUGGCGCAAGGUGCUCGAAAUGGAGGUGCAGGUGCGCUCCAAUAUUGGUGCUGCAGCCAUCUCGCACGACGGCCGCUUCCUUGCCAUCUCUGAUCUAUAUGAAACGAAACUUUACAGCUUGAAGGACAGCCCUCGGCUAGUCAAGGGGCUCGGUGCGGCCAUGUACAGGCGCCCUGUGCCUGUGCCCGGUGCCUCGUCGCUGAUGUUCACGCCGGACAGCACACGUCUGAUUCUCUGUACUCGGCAGGGCGCUUUUGUGCAUGUUAUCCAGCUGCCGGUACACGACGACGUGCCCCUUAAGCUUCUGAAAUCGUUCGAGCAGCACCGCUCGCGCCGCGCGGCAGUCGAUGGGCGCGUCCUUGCUGGUCAAGUGCGAUCAGACGCGGACGCGACGCCCCUCGCCGACACAUCUGCGUCCGCCCACGGCCCGCGCGAUGCCUUCGCGCCCGUGGUGCUAGCGGCCAUCUCGCCUGACAGUCAGUGGUUGCUCACCGGCGAUGCCAGUCGCCGCUUGCACGUGUUCCACCUAGACACACUCUCUUACCAGCGUGCGCUCGCGUCGCCAGCCUGCCUGCCGAGCAGUGCAUGCUUCCAUCCGACGCAACCGAGUCUGCUGGUCAUCACGCUGCCGACGAACCAGGUAUCGUUCUACGAUUUGGACGCCGACCAAGAGCCUGCGUGGGAGAACGGACUGCGCCAAGAGCUCGAUGCGCAGCUCGGGCGCAUCCGCGAGCCUGUAGUCGGCUCGACAUGGGUGCCCAGCCCAGCUGGCGCGACGCUCAUCCUGCAUGGCCCGACGUGGAUGUGUACUGCGCGCCAGAGCGAGGCCAAAGCAGCCGCGCGCAAAAAGCGCCGCAAUACGGGUGAGGAGCCUGACGAGGCAGGGGCCUGGACCGUUCGCACCACGUUCAAGUACCAGCCGCUGCUUCAUGUCGGCGCGCUCACAUCUUCGGGCGUCGCCGCCGAGCUGCUCGUGGUGGAGCGGCCGUAUUUCUCGUUGGCGCAGUCUUUGCCACCUGCGUUCUACCGUGGGGCCAAGUAUGGUACAUAG